AUGCAAUUAUACCGCAAAAAAAAAGAUAUGAAUGCCACCGAUGCGAUUGCUAACUUCCCAAAAAUGAACUUUGAUCGGUUACAAGAACUUACAUUAGGAAAAUAUCAGUUAAAACAGGCUCAAGCUUAUACAACGAAGCAUUUGAACGACGAUGGCUCUGUUCUUGUGAAGGCUGGUACUGCAAAUGUCCGAACGGCAGUCGUGUUGUCGGCUGCUGCGCACAUACAGCGUCGAUUAUAUAUUAUCUGGCCUUUGCAAGAUACAAUCCGCAUCAUUUACAACCCCGACCGUCCAAGUAUUAUACGGCACUCACGGAUGCCCAAGAUUAUACUGUGCUAACCUCUGAUUCAAGUGAUGACGAGGACGAUGACGAUCCAAACGAUUUGUAUUCACUAGUAUCGUGAUCGUAUUUAAUAGUUAUUGCCGACUUUUGACCCUUUCCGUCAAUUUUAGUCUCUCCCUGCAGGCUUUGAACGCAUCACCUCGACUUCUCCGCCGACUAAUUCGACAAAGAUUUAUUCAAUAAAUGAUCAGAGAACGUCUUGUUAUUGUGAACGUUAAACUCAGUGUGAAAAUAAAUUUUUGAAACGAAAAACCGACUUAUCGAUACUACUCCUUUUUA